GUGAUGUACCAUCUCCUGAAGGGCUUUCAUGAGUACCUCACUCGAAAGGAAGAAUUCUCGGUUAUAAUCAUCGGCCUGGAUGGUGCGGGCAAGACGACCUUGCUUGAGAAGAUCAAGACAUUCUACAAUGAAACGCCCGGCCUAGAACCAUCCAAGAUAGGCCCCACCAUUGGCCAGAACAUGGGCAAGAUCUCCUUGCCAUCAACGAUCCUGAACUUCUUUGACCUCGGCGGGCAACAGGGCAUUCGCUCUAUCUGGCACAGAUACUACAAUGAUUGCCAUGCUGUCGUCUAUGUGCUUGACGCCCGUGAUAGGGAGCGGAUGGGCGAGGGUUGGGAGGUCUUCAACUCCGUCCUUGCCCAUCCACAGAUACUUAACGUCCCUCUCCUGCUGCUCGCCAAUAAGCAGGAUGCCUCUGACGCGCUCACCGUCGCAGAAAUCCGCAAUGAGUACGCCGACUGGGAGGCCAGGAGACGCGAGAGCCGCCCACGGCACAGAAAGAGUGAGGACGGGGAUGAGGGUAUCUGGGAGGACAGACAUAAAGAGCGCAUCGCGAGCCUAGAUGUGAUGGGCCUCUCGGCGCUCGAAGGGAAUGGUGUCCGAGAGGCGGUAGAUUGGCUGUUCCUCCGUGUUCAGAAUAGCAGGAGAAGGGGGGAGACAUAGAUUGGCUUCAAUGCUGACAGAUGGUCUCGGCUGAUGCUGCCCGCGUUGCCGAAUGCUAGCCUCGUUCCUUUACCAACAGCCCAAAAUUAAUGCGAUUUUGUUGGAACAGCGCAUCCCAUGGUAAUCAUAUUACCAACGGCUUCCGGAAACGGCCCAUGCCCUCAUCUCAGCGGCAAACUGUCAUCAACAGCAUCAUCGAGUAGC